AUGUCUGCUAUAUCUACUGGGAUGUCUUUGGGAAGUCUUGGUAGUUCUAGCCUGUUAGCUAAUUGGGUUUCACUAAUUAUGCCUCAGACCUGUUCGAACUGCAUGGUUGUUUCAAUUUUGCCAAAGCUGAUGAG